AUGGCCGACGCGGCAAACACCAACGAUGAGCUCUACCCCAUCGCCGUGCUAAUCGACGAAUUGAAGCACGACGAUGUUUUGCUCCGGCUCAACGCUAUCCACCGCUUGUCGACGAUUGCCCUCGCUUUGGGCGCCGAACGCACUCGUGAUGAGCUGAUUCCCUUUCUCGAUGAGUCCGUGGAGGAUGAGGAUGAGGUUCUUGUUGCUUUGAGCGAGGAGCUUGGGAGCUUUAUCGACUACGUUGGCGGCCCCCAGUUUGGUCAUGUUCUCCUUUCCCCGCUAGAGAACCUGGCCGCGAUCGAAGAGCCCGUUGUGCGAGAGAAGGCCGUCGAGUCAUUGAACAAGAUCUGCGGCGACCUCUCCCCGCAACAAGUCGAAGAGUACUUCAUCCCCCUUACGAUCCGCCUCUCCAAGGCCGACUGGUUCACAUCCAAGAUCUCGGGCUGUGGCCUAUUCACCGCCCCCUACUCCAAGGUCCCACCGGCCGUCCAAGAACAGCUCCGCCAGCAGUUUGGCCAGCUGGUUCACGAUGACACACCCAUGGUGCGCCGCCAAGCCGCUACCAACAUGGCCAAGUUUGUGAAGGAGAUGCCCGCGGCCAUUGUGAUCGGAGAGAUGAUACCCAUGUUCCAACACCUCGUGCAAGAUGAUCAAGACAGCGUCCGGCUGCUAACCGUCGAAAUCUUGAUUUCUAUCGCCGAGGUCGUGCCCAAGGAGCAACAGGCGAGCCACGGUGUACUGUUGACUUCGCUGCGCAGCCUGAUAGAAGACAAGAGCUGGCGGGUGCGGUACAUGAUUGCCGAUAGGUUUGAAAAGAUUGCCAAGGCUGUCGACGAGGAGGUUGUGUCGAGAGACCUGGUUCCCGCCUUUGUAAAACUGCUUAAGGAUGGGGAAGCUGAGGUGCGGACCGCCAUCGCCGGCCAGAUCCCCGGCUUCUGCGCCCUCGUCGACCGGAAUACCCUCCUCAACGAGAUUAUGGGCACGGUGGAGAACUUGGUGUCAGACAGCUCGCAGCACGUCCGGGCGGCCCUCGGAACUCAGAUCAGCGGACUGGCCCCCAUUCUUGGGAAGCAAGAGACAAUUGACCACCUGCUGCCCAUGUUCCUCCAAAUGCUCAAGGACGAGUUCCCCGAAGUCCGGCUCCACAUCAUCUCAAAGCUGGAGCUGGUAAAUCAGGUCAUCGGCAUCGAUCUGCUCGCGCAGUCCCUCCUCCCAGCUAUAGUUCAGCUGGCCGAGGACAAGCAAUGGCGCGUGCGGCUCGCUAUCAUCGGUCACAUGCCUCUGCUUGCCGGACAGCUUGGCGUGGAGUUCUUUGAUGAUAAGCUGAGCCAGCUCUGCAUGGGCUGGCUGGGAGAUACCGUUUUCUCCAUCCGUGAGGCGGCUACGCACAACCUAAAGAAGCUCACCGAGGUAUUUGGCGUCGAAUGGGCGAAUGAGGCUAUUAUCCCUAAGGUUAUGGCUAUGGGCGCCCACCCCAACUACCUCUACCGGAUGACAACGUGCUUCGCCAUCUCGACCCUAGCUAGCGUUGUGACCAUGGACGUCAUUGCCACGUCGAUUCUGCCGAUGCUGGAGAAGCUCACGACGGACGACAUCCCCAACAUCCGGUUUAACGUGGCUAAGACAUACUCGGCACUGAUCGCCUCGCUGCGCCGGCUGCCAGAGGAGGGCACCAUCUACACACUGGAGCAGGCUGGCACGCCCUUCACAGCUUCUCCCAAGGGCCAACAGCUGAUUGACGAGCGCAUCUCGCCCAGUUUGGAGAAGCUACAGAAGGAUAACGAUGUAGACGUGCGGUACUUUGCGACGAUGGCGGCGGCUGCCGCUUCGGGGGCUUCUGGGCCGGCUGGCGAGCCGAUGAGCACAUCACCAUAG